GAUUUUUAAUAUUUCUUAUUUAUUAUCCUUCAACACUAUUGGUUCCUCUGCUCUGGCUCAUGGAUGAAACUACCAGAGAGAUGUUCUCACCUCAUAAUCUUCCUCUUGAAAUGAUGGAAGAGAUUCUCUUAAGACUACCCGUAAAGUCAUUGACGCGAUUCAAAUGCGUUUGCAGCUCCUGGAGAUCUUUGAUCUCAGAGACUCUGUUUGCUCUGAAACACGCUUUGAUCUUGGAGACAUCGAAGGCAACUACUUCCACGAAGAGUCCUUACGGAGUCAUAACAACGUCUCGGUACCAUCUCAAGUCAUGCUGCAUCCAUUCUCUCUACAACGCGUCAACGGUCUACGUCUCAGAACAUGAUGGUGAGCUUUUAGGAAGAGAUUACUAUCAAGUCGUGGGGACGUGCCAUGGAUUGGUUUGUUUCCACGUAGAUUACGACAAAAGUCUCUACCUGUGGAAUCCAACCAUCAAGCUUCAACAAAGAUUGUCUAGUUCGGAUCUUGAAACGAGCGAUGAUGAGUGUGUUGUAACGUAUGGGUUUGGUUAUGAUGAAUCUGAAGAUGACUAUAAAGUGGUUGCGUUGUUGCAACAAAGACACCAAGUGAAGAUAGAGACAAAGAUCUACUCAACGAGACAAAAGCUAUGGAGAAGCAACACAAGUUUCCCAUCUGGAGUUGUUGUUGCUGACAAAUCAAGAUCCGGAAUCUACAUCAACGGGACACUAAACUGGGCAGCCACUUCCUCAUCAUCGUCAUGGACGAUCAUAUCGUAUGAUAUGUCACGCGAUGAGUUCAAGGAGCUUCCAGGGCCAGUUUGUUGUGGCAGAGGAUGUUUUACAAUGACGCUUGGAGAUUUAAGAGGAUGUCUUUCGAUGGUGUGUUAUUGCAAAGGAGCUAAUGCAGAUGUUUGGGUGAUGAAGGAGUUUGGAGAAGUAUAUUCUUGGUCUAAACUCUUGAGCAUUCCUGGUUUGACCGACUUUGUUCGACCGCUUUGGAUCUCAGACGGUUUAGUGGUUUUAUUGGAGUUUAGAUCCGGUUUAGCUCUCUAUAACUGUUCCAAUGGAAGGUUUCAUUACCCAGUUUCAAACAGCAUAAGUGGUUGUCGUGACGCCAAAGUUUAUCUCAAGACAAUGGUUUCUCCAAAUGAUCUUUGAGAUAUAAAAAAUUGUUCCUAAUGUUUCUAUCCAAGAUUUUAUUUAAAAAAUUAGCUCGAUUCGAUUUAACUAAGA